AUGCGAGCAACAUCAUGCUUGGUGCUUUUGGGCCUAAAUAUAUUGGCUAAUCUUUCCUUUGCAUCAAGUCAAUGUAAGUAUGACGGAAAACACUUCGAGUCUUAUGACGUUGUGUACAAAGUCUAUGAUGAACGCAAUGACUGGUGUUCCAUUGGCAUUUGCCUGCCAAGAGGUAAUAUUUGGAAACUUGUAGACUUGUCUUGUCGCCGAAAAGGUGCUAUCUCGAAAGUAACUACCACAUCAGCAACAACAGCAACAUCAACAACGUCAGAACCAGUAAAACCCUCUCUGAAAGGGGCUGCUCAAACUUGCCUUUAUAAAGGAGCCGAGUAUCCAGUAGGCAGUGAGGUAUUUCGUGGCAUUGAAAAAGAAAAAGGAACACACUACAGCCUCAUCUGCUCACCAAAUGGUGAGGUAAUUGUAAGUCCUAAAACAAAAUAUCAUACUAACCAACCAGGUAUUCAAACUGUCCCUUUGACUGCUCCUCCAAGAGAAACUGCACAGUCUCCUACAACUGAGCCAGCUGAGCCAACAACCCUUCCUACAACUGAACCAGCAGAGCCAACAACCCUUCCUACAACUGUACCGAUAACUCAUCCACGCGGCUGUUACAGUGACGGGAAAUUUUACGCACCUGGUGCAGAGAUUUCCAAAGGCUAUGAUCAAUCCAGCAAUUGGUGCUAUGGGUCAUAUUGCGAUGAAAGCGGGCAAGUAGUGCAAUGGGACAAUUUUAACUGUAAAAGCACGACUGGAACUCCAGAACCACCGACAACAGCUCCUGAAACUACUCCACCAAGAGAAAUCCCAACACAGCCUCCUACAACUGAACUAGCUAAGCCAACAACCCUUCCUACAACUGAACCAACAGAGCCAACAACCCUUCCUACAACUGAACCAGCUAAACCAACAACUCUUGCUACAACUGAACCAACAGAGCCAACAACCCUUCCUACAACUGAACCAACAGAGCCAACAACCCUUCCUACAACUGUACCGAUAACUCAUCCACGCGGCUGUUACAGUGACGGGAAAUUUUACGCACCUGGUGCAGAGAUUUCCAAAGGCUAUGAUCAAUCCAGCAAUUGGUGCUAUGGGUCAUAUUGCGAUGAAAGCGGGCAAGUAGUGCAAUGGGACAAUUUUAAGUGUAAAAGCACGACUGGAACUCCAGAACCACCGACAACAGCUCCUGAAACUACUCCACCAAGAGAAAUCCCAACACAGCCUUCUACAACUGAACCAGCUAAGCCAACAACUCUUGCUACAACUGAACCAACAGAGCCAACAACCCUUCCCACAACUGUACCGAUAACUUAUCCAAGCGGCUGUUACAGUGACGGGAAAUUUUACGCACCUGGUGCAGAGAUUUCGGAAGGCUAUGAUGAAUCCAGUAAUUGGUGCUAUGGGUCAUAUUGCGAUGAAAGCGGGCACGUAGUGCAUUGGGACAAUUUUAACUGUAAAAGCACCCCAGAACCACCAACAACAAUCCCGGAAACUAUCCCUUCUACUGCUCCUCUAAAAGAAACUACACAGCCCCCUACAUCUGAACCAACUGAGCCAACAACGCCUUCUACCACUGUACCGACAACUUUUCCACGCGGCUGUUACAGUGACGGGAAAUUUUACGAACCAGGUGCAGCAAUAUCUAAAGGUUAUGAUGAAACAGCGGAUUGGUGCUAUGGCCUAUCUUGCAACUGGGAUGGUGAAAUAAUUAACUGGGACACGUGGAAUUGUAAAGGGAAGUUCACAACUCUACCACAAACACCGCCGACGACGAGUACUCUUAAAACGACACUGCCUUCUUUAAAGGAGUGUGUUUAUGAUUCUCGUAUUUAUCAACGGGGCAACGUCGUCUACGAAACAUUUGACGAAACGAAGAACUGGUGCUAUGGUCUUGUGUGUGAUGAAAGUGGUCGUCUGGUUUACUGGGACAAAUGGAAUUGCAAAACAGCAAUGACCACACCAAACUCCAUAUUGUCUCUGGAACCUUCAAAUGUUAUUGGUAAAAUAAAGGAAGAUGGAAGUGAUAAUGUGGAUAGGCGAACCAAACAACUGGAGUGUAUUUAUGACGGUGUCAAAUAUAAGACGAGACGUUUUAUCAAGAACUUAUGCGUGCAUGACGGUCGUGAUUUGAAGUGCAGGCUUCUGUUUUGUAACGACGAAGGAGUGGUGAUACCAAAACUGGUACAUGACCUUACGCGAAAACAAGAUUCAAAAAGAGUAGAAAUUCCUUUUGAAAAGUAAAGCAGUCAAAAAAAACACUUAUAACAGCUGUAAUCGAAAUGACUUGUUGAGAACUUAGGCCCUACGAAAAGGUAAUGUCUGGAAAGUAUGUUUUAGCACAAAGAGUUGAGAAGAAUAAAAAACAUUUUAUCAAAAAUUUA